UCCGAAAGGGUUUCUUCGAUAUUUUUAUACCAACCUAACCACAUUUAACCAGUUACCAAAUUAGAACAACAACAUCCUAAAUUGGUACAUUUCCCAAUAGCCACGAAUCCCUUCAAUUCAAGCGAAACCCGAAAUUGUGGCUGAGCAGACAAUAAGUGAUGCACGGCGAUUCUACAUCUCCCGUGAUGUAAAUGUGAAUCUCCGCGGCUAGGUUCCCAAUUCUCUUCCCCCAACCCAAUUGCAGGCGGCUGAUAUCUAGCAAACGCGUACCCCCUCAUAAGCGUUCAUCUCCCCCAUCCAUCUACAUCCCUCCCAUUUCUCCUUCCUCUGGUCAAAACACACUCUUUUUAUCGUUCUUCAUUUACUGCGAGCAGUUUCCAUUUAGCAGCCAUGAAGAUGAAGGGCUCCGCUAUCCGUUCCGUGUCUGUGCUCUUUGCUGCAGCGGGCUUCUUCGGCGCUGUCAGUGCUACCGUCGAUCCGGUAAUUAUCAAGGGUUCAAAAUUCUUCUACAAGACCAACGGCACCCAAUUCUUCAUCAAAGGCGUCGCCUACCAGGAAGGAGUGGGCGCCGCUGGAGAAUCUAGCGGAAGCAGCAGUACUGCCAAGUACAGCGAUCCACUCGCAAACUCAGCUGCCUGCCAGCGUGAUGUCCCACUCCUCCAAGCCCUUGGCGCCAAUGUCAUCCGAACCUACGCCAUCGACCCCACAGCCGAUCACUCAGCAUGCAUGAAGCUCCUCGACGCCGCCGGCAUCUACGUGAUCAGCGAUCUCGGCCAGCCCAACCUAUCCAUCAACCGAGAGACCCCAGAAUGGAACCUCGAUCUCUACAACCGCUACACCUCCGUCGUCGACUCCCUCGCCAAAUACCCCAAUGUCAUUGGCUUCUUCGCCGGUAACGAGGUGACCAACAAUGCCUCCUACACCCCCGCCUCGGCCUUCGUCAAGGCCGCCAUCCGCGACACAAAGGCCUACAUCAAGGCCGCUGGCCACACCACGGGCGUCGGCUAUGCCGCCGAUGACGAUGCCACCACCCGCGCCAGAGUAGCUGCCUACUUCAACUGCGGUGAUGUCGCCGACACCAUCGACUUCUGGGGCUACAACAUCUACUCCUGGUGCGACCCGUCCACCUACGUGACCUCGGGGUACCAGAACCACACCGAGACCUUCUCGUCCUACAACGUCCCCGUCUUCUUCGCCGAGUACGGCUGCAACGAGGGCACGGCCAGCGGCACCGCGCCGCGCGUCUUCAAUGAGGUCGCUGCGCUUUAUGGGACGGAUAUGUCGAAGGUCUUCUCGGGGGGGAUUGUUUACGAGUAUUUCCAAGAAGUGAAUGAUUACGGUCUCGUCUCCCUCACCGGGAAUACCGUCACAAAGCUCAAGGACUACGAUAACUUCUCCACCAAGAUCCACGCCGUCUCCCCAUCCUCCGUCAACUCCGCGAGUUACUCCCCUACAAACACCGCCGGACAAGCCUGCCCAACCGUCAACGACCAGUGGCAAGUCGCUCCCACCGGCCUCCCGCCCACCCCCAACGCCGCGGUGUGCAGCUGCAUGACUUCCGCCCUCAAGUGCGUCGCUAAGCCCAACCUCCCCCUGGACGACCUCUCCAAGCUCUUCAACUCCGUGUGCGGUCUCUCCGCUACCGCUUGCUCGGGUUUCGUGGCCGAUACUGCUAAGGGGGCUUAUGGUGUCUAUCUCGGCUGCAGCGAUCAUGAUAAGCUCUCCAACGCUUUCAAUGCGUACUACCUUCAGCAGAAUAGCAAGGCCGAUGCUUGCGAUUUUGGCGGUAGCGCGACGGUUGUGGCAAACCCGACCCCAGCGUCGUCGUGUGAGAGCAUUAUUGCUUCUGCCAAGAACGCGGCCCCGGCGGGAAGUGCUACUGGAAGCUCUGGUAGUGGGACUGGCAGUAGUAAUAAGAGCGCGGCGAGCUCGGUGCGUGUGUUUGGGGGAUGGGGAGUUGCUUCUUGGAUGACUGCUGUGGUUGUUUCGGUUGCGGGGCUGGUGGUGUUGUAGAUUCUGUUAAUAUAGUCCUUUCGCAGGGAGGUCAGCGAAUUUGAGAUAAUCAGUGGUAGCAUCUAUUCGUUACCAUAACCCAUCUACCCUAACACCCAAUAACUAACCAUCUAGGCAUGUCUACCACACACACCCUCACCCAUCUAAACCUCCCUACUCCUCCCCCCUUCCCCCACAACCGUCUCCACCAUCUCAAUCCCACUCAAACUCGGAUACCUCCGACUAAAAUCCCUAAUAUACUCAUCCUUCUCCCUCUGACUCAUAUCAACCUUCAUCUCCCCCAUCCCUAGCGGCAUCUGCGGCGCUCCCCUCUCCUCCGGCGGCGCCGCAUACCCCCCCUUCCCACCCC